GGUCCAGGAAGCAAAAGACGUUCCCUACCUCCGUCAUCUCUCCGCGUCAUUGUUGUGGUCGCACACCGAAGGCGUCGUCGCUCCGAAAGCUGUGCUCCAGUCAGUGUGGCAUCAUGGUGACACUGCCAAGCUCCCUGACGGACGAAGAGGAGUCUCUGCAGAAGAAAUAUGCAAAACUCAAGAAGAAGAAAAAGGCUCUCCUCGCCUUGAAGAAGCAGAGCUCCACCAGCCAGACCAACCAGGGUGGGCUGAAACGCACGCUGUCCGACCAGCCGGUGGUCGACACGGCGACGGCGACGGAGCAGGCCAAGAUGCUGAUCAAGUCGGGCGCCAUCAGCGCCAUCAAGUCUGAGAACAAGAACUCGGGGUUCAAGCGCUCGCGAACCCUGGAAAUCAAACUCAAGGACCCAGAGAAAGGCCCCAUACCCGCCUUCCUUCCCUUCCAGAGGAGCGUCUCCACAGACGAGGAGCUCGCCGAUUCGAGCAGAAGAGGAGGCCCCAGGAAACCCUUGUAUGAAAGCUUCGUCACCCCCCGGGACGAGGAGGAGGCGGGCGGCGGCGGCGGCGGCGGUGGCGGCGGCGGCGGGGGGUCCGGGGGGGACCGGGACCGGGAGAGGGAGAGAGAGGCGGACCGCGGCCCAGACCGGGAGAGAGAGCGAGGGGGAGACCGGGAGAGAGACCGAGAGAGAGACCGCGAGAGGGAGAGAGACCGGGAUCACGGCGGGGGCGGGGAGCGCGACCCGGACCGGGAGUGGGAACGGGGUCGCGACAGAGGAGACCGCAUGCGGGAACGGGACGGGCCCUUCAGACGUUCGUACGCAGAGCAGCGCGCGGCUCGGAAGGGGAACACGGUGUACGUGUACGGCUCCGGCAUGGUGGAGGACAGCCUGCGCUCCGCCUUCACCCCGCACGGCACCAUCAUCGACGUCUCCAUGGACAACCCCCGCAACUGUGCCUUCAUCACCUUUGAGAAGAUGGAGUCUGCCGACCAGGCCGUGGCUGAGUUGAACGGCACCACCGUAGGGGACGUCUACAUCAAGGUCAGCAUCGCCAAGAAGCAGCCCAUGUUGGAUGCUGCAACCGGGAAAUCGGUCUGGGCCUCUCUGGCGGUCCAGAACAGUGCUAAAGGCUCGUACCGGGACAAGAGGAACCAGGUGGUGUACAGCGAGGACUUCCUUUAAGUUUUUAACCCUUCAACUCAACCAUUUGUUUUCUGUUCCCCUUUUUGGACACGGACGCCGUUUCUUACCCAUAGUGGCAGCAUCGGCGGCUCCUCUCUGUGUGGUUCAUCGUCUGGAGGAAUGUGCACAUGAUACGUUUAGCUCAUAUUUGUUAUUGUCUGUCUAGGGUUAGCUGGCUCCUCGAAGAGAGGUCUAGUUUGGUUUUGUCUGAGCUCAAUAAAAUCUGCUCUUUCAAAAAGCCUCCCUUGCGUCCUUUUAACUCUGGUACACCAGGGUGUCCGCGCAUCCUUAAAAAUUCUUAAAUUCAUGUUUCUAAAUUUAAGGCCUUGAAAAGUCUUAAAUUCGUUACAAAUGUCAUAUGCUGGUCUUAAUUACUGUAACUCAAGGUCUUAAAUUAGUCGGGCAUUAUUUUUCUCGUGGGACUUUUCAGGAAGGAUAUGUAGAGAGGCUUCUUUCUUGCUAGCUGCAUAUAUAAACGAUUAUCUGCGUGCUUGCUAGCUAGUCUGCGACCACGGGUAGGUGAAUGAGUUUGAUUUAGUGACACACAUGCUAUGCUUGGGUUAUAAUACAGCAGGAUCCCCCCCGACGGCCCCACCGUCGCGUGUUUUAGGUCUUAAAUUUCAUUAAAAAGGUCUUAAAAAGUCUUAAGUUUGACUUGCUGAAACCUGCAGAUAACACACUGUAGGUAACAUCUGAUAACAUAGAUUGAGAGCAUGGUGGCUGGCUGGUCUAAACAACCAAAGAAAGAAACAAAGCUCCAAAGAAUCUCCUCACUCGUACCUCCUCGUUGAUGACCUGAGGUGUGUGUGUGUGUGUGGAUAAUGUGUAGUGUAUGAUGUAUGUAUGUAUGCAAGUAUGAUCACUAUAUGCUCUGUAAGGUGUCCUUGGGUGUCUUGAAAGGCGCCUCUAAAUUAAAUGUAUUAUUAUUAUUAUUAGUGUGUGUGGAUGACAGCUGUGUAAGAAGCCUCUCCUUGCCAGAGUCAGACUGCUCGUACUCUGCGGCUGGGUGAGGCUGCACACCUGUUAAAUAAAUCAAUGUGCAAGGCUUAAUCUAGCCAUAACAACACACACCCCGGGGGAGAUCUCAUGCAUGGCAUCAUGUGAGCCUUCCUGCGUCAUUAUUUGCAACCUAGGUGGCGUGAAGGUACAGACAGUUAAAACCUGUAUCUGAACUCCAUGAAUACAAGCUAUAUAACUAAAUAGUUAAUAUUCUUGUCCCGUACUAUAAACGCACAGAAAUCUCUUGAUUGUUCCUUAAUAAACGAAGGUCGAUUUGUGGGUUGAAUGAUCUCCUAAUCCUC